AUGUGGGGGUGUUCCAACUCCUCUGCGCCAGGACCGGACCAUGUUACAUGGGUCCACCUAAAGGAGCUGCUCAAGGACAAGCACGUCCUUGCGCUCUUCAUCAUGUUGGCCAACGCUUGCCUUCGGGUGGGUCACUGGCUGCGUAUAUUCAAGGAGUCACUAUCGGUUAUCAUUCCAAAGCCGAACAAGCCCUCCUAUGCUGUGCCAAAGGCUUUCAGGCCGAUCGUACUCCUCAUCACCUUUGGUAAACUUAUCAAAAAGAUGAUUGCCAAUAGGAUACAGUUUGACGCUGUCAAGCAUGAUAUCUUCCAUCCCAACCAACUUGGCGGCAUUCACCAGAGGUCAACUGAGGAUGGUGGUUUGAUUCUGACCCAUCUCGUACGUGCGGGGUGGGUUAAGGGUCUCCAGACUAGCGCGCUGGCUUUUGACAUUGCGCAGUUCUUCCCUUCUAUCAACCAUGAAAUGUUCAUGGCUGUUCUUCGCAAGCAAGGAUUCUUGCCAAUCUUGGUGGAGUUCUUUGCUUCUUAUCUUGUUGGUCGGUCCACAGUCUACUGCUGGAACACCUUCCAAUCCGACUCACGGUCCACAGACAUGGGUGUUGGGCAGGGCUCAGCUCUCUCGCCUGUUACCUCAGGGCUUUUCAUUGCUCCGGUGAUGAAGCUAUUUUAUAUCAAGGCGGCACUGCUCAACAUGAUGCUUCUCUGGUUUGUGGACGACGGGACCAUUCUGGCCCAGUCCAAACAACUUGAUGAUAAUGAUGUGGGCCUGCACGCCUACAAUCCCUCGCUGGAUUUGGGGUACGCCCCACAUACCGGCGCUACACCUUUGAAGCCCAAGACCUAUUGGAGGUACCUGGGAUUCUACUGUGACCGCAGGCUCACGUUUCAUGAGCACGUCCGCUACUAUGCCACCAAGGCGUUCACCACCGUGCAGGCCAUGCGCAUGCUCGGCAACUCUACUAGAGGUCUCUCGCCUAAACAGCACCGCCUCUUAUAUCAGUCAUGUGUGGUUCCCAUUGCCACAUAUGGCUAUCGUCUCUGGUAUUUCGAUGGCGCCUGCAAUAAGGGCGCGAUGAACCAGCUAAAACAGAUGCAGCAGAAAGCUGCUCUAUGGAUCACGGGCGCUUUCCACACCUCCCCUACAGGCGGUCUUGAGGCCUUGGCAGGUCUCAUCCCCGUCCACCUUAUGCUGAAGAAGUUGACAACGCGCACAGUGUACCGUGUCGCCACCCUCUUGGACACCCACCCUCUUUGCUCCAUGAUGGGCGAAGGACUCCUCAAGCGGGCUGCGCCCCAUGCCUGCUCAGCCGCCUUGAUGACCCCAGCUAUGCGAGGGAAGGUCAAGAGCACCGUCAUGGAGGUGGACAAGCGUGUCCACACCUUAACUGAGAGCUUCAAGCCCUUUGCACCUGAAGCUUGCCCAGGCGAUCUGUUACUGGACCGCUAUGCAGACUGUCUCCACUUUGACGAGGCUGACCCACUAACAGUACUGGCGGCAACUGAUGGCUCUGUCCCUCAGUCCAACCAGUAUCAGGUGGCUUUGGCUGCCAUCAUCUACAAGGGACAUCGCGAGCUCGAAAGGACUUGCUAUGUCUCUGGCAGGGUAACCGCCCUGGAUGCAGAACUCAAUGCCAUUGCAUGUGCAGUGCGCCUUGCUGUCAAGCAGGUGAACUGCCAACAUAUCAUGGUCUUUACUGAUUCUAUGGGCUCAGCCCAUAAAGCAGUUGACCCCUCUGUACACUCCAGCCAGGCUUUUAGUCUGUCGGUCUGUCGUGCUCUCCAAGAGUGGUUCGAGGUGGAUGAUCUCCGCCACAUCACCUUCAUCUACGUUCCAUCCACUUUGCGGUGGGAUAUCCAUGGUGAGGCUCACAAGUACGCCACCAAACUCAAAGUCAUGGUUGGACAUCGUAAGACGGACAACUCUAUAGACGUGCUGCGCUCUCGGGCUGCGCACUCAGUCCUGGAUUCGUGGAGUUCCACUUUCCAGGAUCCAACUUACCGAGGCUCUGAAUUUUUAGAGCUUCAACAGCCUGACAGGCGGCCACUACAGCCAUCGUACCUCAAUGGGGGACCUUGGCUUUCAACCUUCGGACACAGUAUCACUGAGUUCGCUCGUGUUUGCUGGUGUAUAACUGGCCACACGCCCAUUGGAGCGUAUUACCGACACUUCAAGAUCAAUGAGCCUCACGGCUGCACUUGCAGGGCUGCUUUGCAGUCCCGCCAGCACAUCCUCUUUUGCUGUCGCGAUAGAUAUUCUGUACACUAUCCCUGUUUUCUCGGGGAUAUUGCAUCGUUUAUGAAGUACAACCCUACGGCAUUUGGCUUCAACCAAGACCCUUCGGGGGUUGGAUGA